AUGGCGUUUUUCUGGGGCGAUGAGGUGGAAGUUUGCAGCAAACUAGAUGGGUUUGUGGGUUCCUACUAUGCAGGCACAGUGGUGGCAGAAUAUAGACACAACACCUAUGCAGUGCGGUACAAGAGCCUUGUCACAGAUGAUGAAUGCCGGCCGCUGAUCGAGGUCGUCAGUGAGGACGAGAUGAGGCCUGAGCCACCCAAAGUUUUGGCAUCUGGGUUUGCUUUAUUUGAAGAGGUUGAUGCGUUUGACAAUGAUGGUUGGUGGGUGGGCAAGAUUACUGGCAGGAAAGGCUCUAACUACUGUGUCUUCUUUCAUAUAUAUGGGAUUGAGAUUGCCUACCCGUUUUCUCAGUUGAGGGCUCAUCUUCAAUGGGUCGGUGGCAAGUGGGUUUCUUCCAAGAACAGGGUCUUUUGA